CUGAAUUCCCUCCACAUAUCUCACAGUCAUCGACAGUCGACAGGAUGAGGUUAGCAAUCGCCACGUGGUCGACUGUAUUGCUGGUGAUCACCGUUUCCGGAUACCAAGUGAAACCGAAAGGUUUCAAGCAAAUGGUUAGCUCAAUGGAGCAGCAAUACGAAGACAUUCGAAAGGAGUUCCAGAAAGACUUCCAGGCGUGGCAGCAAACGGGGGAGAAAACAGUUGGUUUACAGAAAUUGUUCGACGUCUGGAAGUUCUCGGAUGAAGAUCGUCGCAAAGAUUUGGAGCAUCUUCCACACGAAAGACAAACAACGAUGUGUGUUCUCUGUCGUUACAUUAUAUCGCAGUUGAUGCAACUACGUUUAGACGGAGCAUCGAGAGCGGAUCUGUUCGCUACAACAUACGAGGUGUGCACAACGCUUCAGAUUCAGGAAUCGGACGUUUGCUUUGGAUUGAUUAACAUAAAUAUAGAUUUUUUCCUGUACAUUUUCGACGAGCGACCGACUCUGGAUGCGGCUAGCGUGUGUGGAGUGAUAUUCCAGACUUCGUCGUGCGUUUUUGAUGAUCCUGAGUUUAUCGACUGGUCAGUUGUUGUUGACCCAAAUGGAGAACCAAUUACGGAAUCGAAACACUUUCCAAACGCGCGAAGUGAAAACGACAUCAAAAUAGUACAAGUUACUGAUUUUCAUUACGACUCCAAGUACGAAGCCGGUUACAAUGCUAACUGUAAGCGGCCGGCAUGCUGCCGCAAUGAUCAGGGCAUCCCAGAGGAUCCUGCAGACGCUGCUGGUUUUUGGGGCGACUACCGUGAUUGCGAUUCUCCGUGGGCCUCCAUCGAAGACACUAUCGAUCAUAUUGUAGAGAACCACCCAGAUGCAGCCUACAUUUACCACACGGGAGAUAUAGUGGAUCAUGGCGUAUGGGAAACGUCGUUUGGCCACAACAUUCGUACCAUGAACCGGUUGCACAACAAACUGUUGGAAGCUUUUCCGGAUACGCCCGUUUACAACGCCAUAGGCAACCAUGAGGCUCAUCCAAUGAAUGUCUUCGCACCGACCAUUGCGAAUCGUCCGGAGUUCUCGGUUGGAUGGUUGUACAGCUACUUGGCGGAUGUUUGGGGACACUGGCUGCCACGCUCGACUGCGAAUUCAAUCCGUCAGGGUGGAUUCUAUACGACACUAGUUCGACCGGGCUUACGAUUGGUUGCUGUCAACAAUCAGGAUUGUUACACGUACAACUGGUGGAUAAUAUGGAAUCCGGGUUAUCUUGCAACCCAACUCCAGUGGUUGCACGAUGUUUUACUGCUUGCAGAGCAGAACGGCGAGAAGGUACAUCUACUUGCUCACAUUCCGUACAGCUCGAGUGGUUCGACUUACUUUGUUUGUCAACGAGAGUUCCGACGGAUCGUCGAACGAUUCCACAAUACGAUAAGUGCGCAGUUUAAUGGUCAUACUCAUAGGGAUGAAUUUAAUGUGUUUUACUCGCGAGAAAACCCUCAACACGCCAUCAACGUUGCGUGGAAUGGCGGUAGCGCAACGGCUUUUAGCGACAUUAAUCUGAAUUACAUCGUAUAUUACGUAGAUCCUGAAACAUUCCAAGUUACCGACUACGAAUCCUACAUCUUCAACCUUACGGAAGCCAAUCUAUUCCCGGAUCGACGGCCGACUUGGUUCAAACAGUACUCGUUUGCCGAUGCGUUCGGAAUGCACAACCUAAGUCCAGCGGAAGCUGAUAAGAUGGUGAAACGACUCGGCACACCGGCCGGACGACUCGAGCUGCGAAUGUACUGGGAGUUCAAGGUCAAAUGGGGAGAUCCUUCUCUGGGUGCCGGUUGCGAUGACGACUGUCUACUUAAUCAUCUGUGCGAAAUUGUCGUUACCGAACUGAACGAUGAUGUGAAAUGUGACGAGCUGAGAGAAACGUUUUUCGAUUGAUGGAAAAUGAGUGAAAAAACAAACAAUCGGGAUUUGAAUAUAUGUUGAUGAUUUACAAAUGACUUCUAAGAAGUCAAACACUUU